AUGUCUCGUGAUCUCGGUGUCGACCUGCUGGCGGCAUCAUCAGGGUCACCUGAAUGCCUGAACUGCUGUCUCCUCAUCUUGCGCUUGGCCUUCUGUCGUGACAUGGCACACACUCUCCCUUACGCGGCCUCUAGGCCGGUAAGACCGCUGGUGACGUCGAUCCCCAAGCAUAUCGCUGCCUGCGCUGCGACAUGUACGCGGCAACAACACACCGUCGCUGGAGGCACCCGGCCGCAGCUGGUGCGAGCCAGCUCGACCGCCGCCGUCGGUGUGGUGACGGCUGCGAAUAGCGCGGCCACAUCCGCAGCGCCCACAGCAAAUGCGAGGCCUUCCGCCAUGUCCGCGCUGCCGACCGGCGCGCUCCUCCGGUCUCUCCUCGUCGCCUUCGUCUCCUCCCACCGUCUCCUCCUGCUGCCGACCCUCUCCGUCCUCUCUUUCCUCUCCAAACCUAAUCGGAGCUUCAUUUUUAACCCCGACAAGAACCCCGUCCUGCACGCUCUGCUCAAGAAGGGAUUCUACGAGCAGUUCUGCACUGGCGAGAACACCGCCGAGACGAGGGCGUGCGUGGGGAGGCUGAAGGACAUGGGGUUCAAGGGGGUGAUUCUUACGUACGGGCGAGAGACGGUCUACGAUAAGAACGGGAACACAAUCCACGAGGCGCCGGUGGAGGCGUUGAGCAAGGAGGCGAGGACCGAUGUGGAGGAUCCGCAGAUCGAGGCAUGGAGGGUUGGCGUCAUGAAGACGGCUGAUCAGAUUGAGGAGGGAGAUCUGCUUGCGAUCAAGCUUACCGGAGCAGGCAAAGCAGUCAACCAGGCUCUGAUCAAGAACAUCCCUCCUCCGCCACAGAUGCUCGAGACCUUGGAUGAGAUCUGCGCCGCUAUCAAGGCGAAGAAGGCACGGCUUAUCGUCGAUGCCGAGGCCCAGCACGUGCAGCAUGGUAUUGACAAUGUCGUUCUGGGCCUUAUGCGCAAGUUCAACCGGGAAGGGACGGCGGUGGUCUACAACACUUACCAGGCAUAUCUCAAGGGUGCACCGGCUCUCGUGAGUAGGCACCUCGCUGCGGCUGCCGAGGACGGCUUCACCAUGGGUCUUAAAGUCGUUCGAGGGGCCUACAUCAACUCGGAGGAGCGGAGUUUGAUCCACGACACCAAGGAAGGGACCGACCAGUGCUACGACAGUCUGGUGCUGGGGGCCAUCCGGCGCGAGAUCGGCGAGUUUGGUAAGGAGGGCGGUCGCCCGUUUCCCUCUGUGGACUUGCUUGUUUGCGGCCACAACAAGAGGAGCGUCUUUUCGGCCAACCGGUUGCGACAGGAGCGACUUGCGGUCGGUCUGCCGACUGUGUCAACCGGGUUCGGGCAGUUGCAGGGAAUGUCUGAUGCGCUGGGAUUCCAAUUACUGCAAGAUAAGAGUGCUGGCCAAGCAGCGCCUGAUGUGUAUAAGUGCUCUACUUGGGGUACCGUUGGCGAGUGCCUGGCAUAUCUGACUCGCCGGGCUGUUGAGAACAGGGACGCUGUGUCGAGGACUGAGGACGAGUAUGCCGCCUUGAGGUCGGAGCUCCGAAGAAGAAUAUUCGGAUGA